AUGAAAGAUAAAAUAAUAUCAAAUUACAAGGGGGAAGAAACUAAUCUAUAUAAAUCACUAUGGAAGCACGCGUAUAAAGUUGUUGCUAAAAAGUUGAAAUUGGAUUCAGGCACAGCUGACCGUGAAGAUGAAUGGGAAGUAAUCGAAAAAGAAUUAUCCAGCUCACACAACUCACAAUCAAAUUCUUCAACACCGUCAAAAACUAGCAACAAAGAUAGCAAUAGUAGCACUUCUUCGCUUAAUUACCAAAAGAAAUUAAUCUCAACCGAUUAUAUUACAUUGAAAGACAUCCAUAGCAAAAUAAAAAAUAGAUGGAUAUUGAGUUCAGGAACCGAUGUAGAAUAUACAAUUUACAACGUAUCAAAAACGUUUAAUUAUGUCCACCCUGCACACUCAAUGAUUUUCAAUCCUAAUGAUCCUAUUUGGCUCGAUCAUUUCAGUUCAGAGGAUCUCGUAGAAAUAAAGGAACACGUUGAUCACUCGCUAAAUGAUGACCUACCUAGCGAACUGACAGACAUAUUAUUAUUACUAAACCAAAAGACAACAUUUAGAGCGAUCUAUGAUGCUAUGGAGACUGUGCAUGCGGACCCGGUUCAUGAUAGAGAAAAGUAUUGGCUCAAAACUAGCAUAAUUAAUUAUGCUUUGCUCUUCAUCAAUGGAUCUACUUUAGCACCGAACAAAUCUGAGGCAGAUCAUUUGGACGACGUUUACGGUUUCAUCAAAACCAGCAAACAGCUAAGUGGCACUAAUACUGAAAAAAACACGCGAAGCACUGCAUGUUCCGAAGAAAUUAACAAACAUCGACUGAUAGGUUCAAUCAGCAAAAUCAAUAGGACAAAAGCAGCUAAUCAUGCUGAUCUGGUAUUUAAAUAUUUGACUCAUGAAGUUGGAUGUGUCGAAGUUGGUUUACACAACAAUGGUCCAACAGGAACGAAGGAGUUGCAAGAAUUAGAGAUAAAAACACCACUAAUGUUGAAAAAUUUCAUCUUACAUCUUAUCAAAGACUAUGGAGUUAUGCCCAAAAAGUUUAAAGUCAUUGCAUUCGUAAUAAGUGGAACGUAUAUAUCUGCUCAAAUAAUGACGUGUGAUAAAGGAUCUGUUGCCCUAGUAGGUACAUCUCGACGCUAUCAUAUGCCAGAAUCCGUCGCUGAAAUACCAAAACAAUUGCCGCCCGUAUUAAAGCUGGUGUACAAUUGUGCUAUGGCAAUUCAAUCAACCACUAACCAUUUGAAAGCAAUUUCUGCCUCAAUUUCGCUGAAUGAAGGCUCUGAAGUAUAUUUCCCUCCGUGUUUCUUUGCGGGUGAUAGAAAAAGAACCCAUCAACUGCUUUCACGGACUAAUGACAAACUUUAUUCAUUAUAACAUAUGAAAAAUAAAAUAAAAGAACAAAAACUAUUUUACUAAAGAGUGUAAUCGUAAUAAUACUUCUGCAAGAUGUGUAAGAAAGAGUCUCUCUUCGCUUCAAAGCAUUAAGCUUCUACUAACAGGAGUAACCACGAGAAGGUGAAGACUAU